AUGAAGCUGGCGGCCACGCACGCCAUCGCCGCCAUCGCGCGCAAACCCGCGGCCCUCAAGAAGCGCACGCCCUCCGUCGCUGACCUCGCGUCGCUGGUCGGCGCCGGCGGCGCGGCCGCGCUGGCCGAGAGCGCGCUCGCCGCGAGCGUCGACGACAUCAGCGGAGGCAACGGCGGCGCGGCGGCGGCCGGCGGCGGCGCGAGCGAGGCGAGCAGCGGCAGCGUGACCGGCAGCGGCAGCGGCAGCGGGCGGCCGCCGGUGCCAUGCGGCGCGGGCGGUGCGGGCAGCGACGUCAGCUGCAGCACGAGCGCUGCCGCGGCGCACGGCAACGGCGUGCGGCAUCCGAGCCCCGCGCGGUCCCGCAGCCCCGGCUUUGGGCGCUCCGGCAGCCCCGCGCUGCCGCGGCCCCGUAAGUCCCUGCCGCCCCACCACCCCGACGACCCCGCCGCCGCCGCGCACACCGACCACGGCGCGCCGGCGGCGCCGGGAGAGCCGGCGUUUGGGCGCAGCUACAUCAUCCCCCGGCCGUUUGACGACCGGCUGGCUGUGGAGGUGGCGGCGGCGGUGGUGCAGGCGGCCGUGGACACGGGGGUGGCGCGCAUCACCGACAUCGACAUGCAGGAGUACAGGCGGGGGCUGACGGACCUCACCCUGCGCAUGAACCUGUGA